AUGGUGCCAGCCGCUACCGCCAAGUACGAUUGGAUCCUUGCACUUACCUCGAUCGCCUUCAUCUUUAGUGCUUUCGGGAAUGGAGCUAAUGAUGUCGCCAACUCAUAUGCAACUUCCGUCGCGGCUAGGACGCUGAACAUGGCCACGGCCGGUGUCUUGGCAGCAAUCACUGAGUUCGUGGGUGCUGUCGCGAUGGGUUCCCGAGUCACCGAUACUAUCAAGAAUGGAAUCAUCAGUAUUGACCGAUUCGAGGGAAAGCCUGGUGCACUCAUGCUGGCCAUGGGUUGUGCAGAGAUUGGCAGCGCAACGUGGUUGAUGUUUGCUACCAGCAUGGGCUUCCCUGUGUCGACGACCCAGACCGUUGUUGGUGCUCUCAUCGGUGUUGGCUUCGCAUCUCAAGCCUCAAUAAAUUGGGACUGGGAGAAGGGUAGUGUGUCGCAGGUGGCCGCAUCUUGGGGUAUCGCUCCUCUCAUUGCGGCCGCAAUCUCCGCCAUCAUCUUCGGUACACUCAAGUAUAGCGUCCUUGAGCGACGUGAUUCGUUAAAAUGGGCUAUGCGUCUGAUUCCUUUCUAUUUGGCUAUGACAGGUGCCAUCUUGGCCCUUUUCAUUGUCAUUGAGGCGCCCACCGCCCCGUCACUGGAAGAGUUUGGCGCAGGCAAGGCGGCUGGAAUCAUCAUCGGUGUCUUCUUUGGAUGUCUCCUCAUCGCCUAUGUUUUCUUCAUCCCAUAUUUCAAUCGCCGUCUUGUCAAGAAUGACACACGCGUCAAGUUCUACCAUGUUCCCUUGGGUCCUCUUCUCAUGAGGGAAAACCCACCUCUCUAUUUCCCCAGCAAGGGCGACUCGGUCGUGAUCAACUAUUAUGAAGACUCACAUGGCGAGGUGCUGGCAGGACAGAAUGACUUCUCUAAACAAGAGCCAACUACGAACGCCGAUUCGGUUCUGCCAUCCCCCGAAAUAACCGCAAAAUCUCAUUCCGAGCGACCGGACGAUGACGAAGAGAAGAAACUAGACACUGCGCCUAUCCCGGAGAUGAAGCCACGGAAAAGGCAUAUCGAGCCAACAGAGCGAUUCAUCGACCCUGUUCGCGACCUUUCUUGGAUCAAUCCGCAAAAAUGGUGGGGUUAUACCAAGUGGUUACUUUUGCAAGGCGUGACAAGAGAUGUUGUCACCCAUGACUCGCCUGCCCUCCGCGCUAUCCAUGCCCGCGCCCAACGAUACGACGACCGCGUGGAGCACCUUUGGACAUACUGUCAAGUUGUCUCCGCUAUGAUGAUGUCCAUCGCCCAUGGUUCAAACGAUGUCGCCAACGCCGUUGGCCCCUGGGCCGCCGUAUACAGCACAUUCCACGCCGGUGUCGUCGAGACAGAAGCACCGACCCCAGUCUGGUUCGUUGUUGUCGCUGGCUUACUCCUUGGCAUCGGGUUCUGGUUCUAUGGAUAUCACAUCGUGCGCGCUCUUGGAAACAAGAUUACUCAGAUGUCGCCGACACGUGGGUUCAGUGUCGAGCUUGGUGCGGCUAUCACUGUUCUUUUGGCUUCGCGUCUUGGAUUGCCUGUCUCCACGACGCAAUGUCUUACUGGAGCCUCUAUGGGCGUGGCGCUGAUGAAUUAUGACUUGGGGGCCGUCAACUGGAGACAGUUGGGUUGGAUAUUCGGUGGCUGGGUCCUGACUCUCCCGUGUGCGGGACUGGUCGCUGGAUUGAUCUGUCUGAUGGCAUUGAACGCGCCUCAUCUGUAA